CGGCGCGGUCCCCGCGCUCCUAUCCCUCCACAGGGGAGGAGAGGGGAUGGGGAGGGUCGGGCACGGCGCAGGGCUGUCCUGAGGAGGCGCGGGAGGACAUCUUGGUGCCUGGCGGGAACGGUGCGGUCACCUGCUGGAGAUGUGAAAUGCUGCAAUCUACUGUUAAACAGCUGCUGUGGCUCCUGAUCAAAGACAGCCAGGAACAAUAUGUAAAAAGCAGAAUCUUCGCCUUCCAAGCAGAGGAACUGGGAAGAUGAGCCCUCCUGUUAACAAGGAAAAGUGGCGUCUUCAAGAGAAUGGCAGUGGUCUCUGCAAUGUCCUGGGUCCUGUAUUUGUGGAUAAGUGCCUGUGCAAUGCUGCUCUGUCAGGGAUCCCUCCAUCACACUUUCCAGCAGCAUCACCUGCACAGACCAGAAGGAGGAACGUGUGAAGUUAUAGCAGCACACAGAUGCUGUAAUAAGAAUCGAAUUGAGGAAAGAUCACAAACAGUAAAAUGCUCCUGUCUACCUGGGAAAGUGGCUGGGACUACACGAAACAGACCUUCCUGUGUUGAUGCUUCAAUAGUGAUUGGGAAAUGGUGGUGUGAGAUGGAGCCCUGCCUAGAAGGAGAGGAAUGUAAGACGCUGCCUGAUAACUCUGGAUGGAUGUGUGCAACUGGCAAUAAAAUCAAGACCACGAGAAUCCACCCGAGGACCUAACAGAGCCUGCAUGGAGGCAGUGAAAGCCCAGCUGAUUUAUGAGGACAAAGUAUCGAAAGUUAAAAACCAUCUCAGCAUUUACAAGCCAAAUGGAUUUCUUAUUUGCACUCUGACUGUUUACCAGAUAACAACAGUGGCUUUACUGUGUGAAAGAGAGUAUUCUGCGGAAAUAACGCCCCUGGCUUUUGACAGCUGAAAAGAAAAAUGAAGAAAAAUGGUUCCUUUGGUAAAGUUUCUGAGAUACAAAGUACAAACAACAGUAUAAGUUUGGAUCUACAAUUUACUUUAUACCAUUUAAAGUAUAUAUAUAUAGAAAUAUAUAUAUAUUAAUAUAUGAUAUUUUGAAAUAAAAGCCUCACUCUUCAAGAAAUUAAAUAGUACCACACUUUGCUGCAGCUGCUGUAAUUUUUUUUCUUUAUUGUAUGGUCUGGAAGAUCCCUACCUGUUUCAGAGAGAAAUGUGGCAGUGAAGAGGCAAAGCAAACCUGCUGCAGUACAAGGACGCCUAAGAGUUACAUGGAUCCUACUGAUAUGGCACCCAGAGCUUCCCGUUCCCUUCGGCAGAAUUUUGAGGGCAUUUCAUUGUUUCACUUUGUGUUCUGGAGGCUUUUCCCCUUGUGCAAUACGAGCAUGCUGGCUUUGCUUCAUAACCAUACUCGGUACUCAAUUGAUAUAUAACAAUGAUAAUUCUAUCCUCUUCCAAGAAAAUAUUUUUAGAGCUGUUAGAUAUUCCGUGGAGAAGAAAUGGACAACUGCUGAGUGAAGUACAGUAUGUAUUAAGUUUAUUUGGCAGAGUUUGGUAGACUGUGAGCUCCCUUCUUAUUAAAGAUGUACUGUAUGUACAACGUCUUCAGACUUUGUAUAGCUCAUAGAGACUACAGUAAAGUCCCAGUAACCAACCCCAAAGCUUUGCGUUGUUGGCUCACUAAUUCUUUGAAACAACAACAAAGCUCCUUCUUUCUAGACUAACAUGGGAGAGGGCUUUUGCAUAUGGUUUCUUUUCUUAUGAGCCAAUUUGCAGUUGGGCUGAGAUGAGAUGCUCUUCAGCAAGGAUGUGUCCGCAGAGUCGUUUACCUCCCAGCAGUGAAUGGUCUGAGUUCACAUUUCUAGCUCUGCUAUUGCUGUUCACUGUUCAGCCUGGCCCUUCUGUUGCUGAGGAAAGAUCAAAUCUGAGGGCUCAAACGUGCGAGCCUAGAUCACAUUGCCAGGCACUUUUGUGAGCAGUUCAGUUAGUUUCAGGGGGUUAUUCAUGUGGAAGGCAUCCUGCUGUCAUGCAUAAGUCUGCACAGCCCACCCUUCAGCACACCUGAUGCUACCAAAUCAAAGUGGAAUUUAGAAGCGUAGAACUCACUUUAUCCAGUCCAGGUUCAUUUCUUUAACAUUUCCAAUUUCCUUUCACCCUGCUUACCUGUCUCUCACAGGACCCCUUUGGCCACGCUUAUCACUUCUAAUCCAAUGCAAAGGAAGCGCUGUACUUCCCAACCCAGAGUUGGCCAAAAUUCUCCCACUAACUUUCUUUCUCCUUCGGGGCAACCACUUCAGUCCCUGAUGUUCCAAGAAGCAGAAAUUUGUCACUGUAAUUACACUGCGUAUUAAAGCAGCUACAUGACAUGUCACGCAAAACUCCAUGCAGGCUUCCCAUGCUGGUCUCUGCCUGAUGCUCACAGCAGAAAUGGAGGCACCUCUUCCAAGCAGUUCUAUUAUUUCCCUUUUAAAAACGGACCAGAAUGGGAAGGUCCAGGAAAAGAUUUUUUUCUUUGCACAGAAACACUAAAUAGGAGCACAAGCCUCACAGGCAGCCCCACUGGUGGCCCAGCUGGGCAGGCUGUGCAUGUCUUGCCAAGGUAUCUGCCUAAACCACAGAAGAUCCCUGUGCUUUAGGCUGUUCUAGACAUGGCCUACCAUGGACAUGGGUCCCUAGGCCAAUCCUCUGAGUUUGGCAGGGACUGCUGCAUGCCCCACUACCCACAGACAGAUGUGUUCCCAAAAUGAGCUCAUCACACCAACUCCAAGCCUAACUGGCACAAAUAAGAAGAAACUUCCCUCAAAUAAAUCCUUAGCAUUCCUCAUUUUUACUAAAACUGCACCUUAAAAAACACCCAAGACUCUCUAGAGCAAGGAAACACUUGAUGCACUAAGUAGUAGACCUUGCUACCAAGAUCAGAGGAGAUUAAAAUCCAGAAAAAAAGACACCAUCCCUUUACCAGUGGGAUCAGAGGCACACAGAGCUAAAUGGCCAUUCAAAAUCCCAUUGGCAGGCUGUGGAAAGCAGCAGAAAUUGAACCUGAGUGUCCUUAUUCCCAAUCUAGGGAUGCUCUAACACCUGCCUCACACACAACAAACUAGCCCGUGGCCUCUUGCACCCUUUCCCAAAUUCCAAGGUAUCACUACUGAGCAGCAUUUACUCCACAGCAGCGCACCUGACGUGGCUCAGAAUGUGAGCAGAUAACAACGCUUACGGCCAUGUCUACAAAAUAUGCCUGUUAAAACUGGGACAUAUUAGACUUGCUAAAAUAUAAGAAGGAAAUGUUGUCAUUUCCACAGCAAAGUUUCUUAAAGAUGUUUAUGAAUCCUUUCUUUGCCAGUGGGCAGCCUCAAAUAUCACCACACCAAAUUCCGUCAACAUCUGCGUCUCUUUGAAGUUUCUGCAAAAUCUGCUCAUGAAGUGCAGCACUCAGAAACUGCUUUUAAUUGUUUUAAUUAAAAUGUUUUAAAGGGGAAUUAAGAUCUUUGCAAAAAUAACGGCUAAUAAAAGAUGAAGUCAAAUUAAGAGCUGGAUGCAGCUAACCGUCAUUGUUUCAGUGAACCAAACUGUAAACAAAAAUAAAAAUAUCCAACCAGCCUGAAGUCAUGAUGAUCGUGUAUUCCAGUGAUAUGAGCAGCAACGCAGUGUAUGGAGGGAAGAUGUCAGAGCUGUCUUUUCACCUAGGCAGCCCCAUGUGUUUCAGUGGUGGAGUGAAAGGGUCCUCCAUCUUUGUGCACGCGAGCCUGCACAAUGUGAAAGGAUAUUUACUUCAAGGAAGAGAAUGUUCAAGUUCCUUGUUUCUGGCACAAGAUGAGACAGAGGGAUGACAGGGAUAAAAAAAAAAAAUCAAAUAUUUGUAAAUGUCUCAAAGAUGAACU